UACUCACAAUUUUCCUUACCUUUUAGGGCAGACGGAUUUUUUUGUCUUGGCGAUGAUAAUUACGGGUGUAAAUAGUGGUACAGUUGCCGUCUACCAAAUGUUUUCGAUGAUGUUACUGGCGAGGUUUCCCAUUAGUUUCCUGAAUUGGUUUCUGUUGGGAACAGGUGGAGGAAUUCUGACAGACUUCAUCCAGAUUAUUUCUAUAUCCGUCACCGACUCAGACAUAGAUGGAGCACUUAUUUAUUUUUUAACAGGAACUCUUCUGAUAGUGGCACAAAUUUCCUUGACUUUGGGAAUGAAAUACACGAAAUUAUAUGUCUAUUAUUCGGAAGACACCGCAGCAGAUGAAAGAAGUAAAGAUAACAAAUUUUCUUGGUCAGAAGUGAAAGACGUUGCGAAGGAUGUAUGGCCUCCUGGUCUUAUUAUAGCUAUGAUACUGUUUACAAUGACUUGUGUUCAUCCUUCAAUUACAAGCUUGGUGAUGUCUCAACAUUAUUUGGAGAGCACUUGGGGAAGAAAAUAUUUCACUCCAGUCAUCACCUUUUUGCUAUCCGAUAUUACCAGCAUGGUAGGAAGAAUACUUUCCUUGGGAAAAGUGACGAAAUCCAAUUAUCCCAUCUGGAUAGGUGUAACGAUGAUUAGAAUGAUACUUUCUGUGUCAUUUAUUAUUUUUUGCAAUGCCCAACCAAGAAGUCAUUUAUCGGUGGUUUUUGAUAAAGAUUGGCAAUUUAUCCUAUUUAUUAUUAUAUUCAAUUUUAGCGGUGGUUUAAUCAUGAACGUGUCGUGCCUCAGUGUACCUGGGUUCACAGAAAGAAAUAUAGAAACCGCUAUGAAGUUACUGUCCCUCUCCAUGACAGUUAUAAUGGCAGCAUUUUCCGCAAAUGGUGUGUUAAUGGUGAAAUUAUUAUGAUACAUGGAAUAUUUCCAUUAAAAAUGCAGAUAACCCAUUCGUUUCAAUGUCAUUAUAUGAAUUGGUUGCUCUUUGUUAUUCGAACUGUCAAACUCUCAAAUUUUGUAACUUAGAGAGUGGAACUUUGAAAUUAUGAAAUUCUAAUCAACUAUGGACAUGUAUUAGUAAUGAAUAUUUCCACAAUAUCUUAUAGAAUUGUCUGAAUAGCAGACAUUUUUAUUUUCGAUGAUGAGAAUAAAGCAAUAUCUGAAAACUAA